CACGCGCCGCGCCAACCUCUCGCAACUAACCACGCCACGUAUGCCGGGUCGCACCCAACCCAAACCCAAAGGUCGCUAGGAACUCGCUACUACUCCCACCCACCCACCGAUCAUGUUCGCGCCGACGUUCGCGGUGGCCGCCGCUCUGGCGCCGCCGCCGCCUCGAGGAGGCGGAGGCGGAGGAGGGGAGUUCGACCACUUCGUGGUGGUGGACUUCGAGGCGACGUGCGAGAGGGGCAGGCGGAUCUACCCGCAGGAGAUCAUCGAGUUCCCCGCGGUGCUCGUGGACGCCGCCACGGGCCGCCUCGUGUCCGCGUUCCGCGCCUACGUCCGCCCGCGCCACCACCCGCGGCUCACCGACUUCUGCCGCGAGCUCACGGGGAUCGCCCAGGGCGACGUCGACGCCGGGGUGGGCCUCGCCGAGGCGCUCCUCAGGCACGACGAGUGGCUGCGUGCGGCCGGGGUCGUCGAGGGCGGCGGGCGGUUCGCCGUCGUCACGUGGGGCGACGCCGACUGCCGCACCAUGCUGGAGCAGGAGUGCCGGUUCAAGGGCAUCGCGAAGCCGGCCUACUUCGACCGGUGGGUCGACCUCAGGGUCCACUUCGAGGCGGCGUUCGGCGGCGGCGGGCAGCGGGUGAAGCUGCAGGAGGCGGUCAGGGCGGCGGGGCUGGAGUGGGUGGGGCGCCUGCACUGCGGCCUCGACGACGCCUGCAACACGGCGCGCCUCCUCGUCGAGCUCUUGCGCCGCGGCGUCCCCAUCUCCAUCACCGGCUCGCUGCCGGCCGCGCCGCCGCCGCUUGAGCAAGCUCGUAAGCAGCAGCAGCAGCAGGAGAUGCAGCAGCUGCUCGUCCCGUGCGGCGCGGCGGUGUGCUGCUACUGCGGCGUGGCGAGCACGGGAGGGGUGAUGGCGAUGCCGGGGUCGACGCAGCGGCGGUGCUUCUACGGCUGCGGCAACUGGACGGCGGUGUCCGGGGCGACGUGCCCCUUCUUUCUCAUGGGCGGCGUAGUGGAUUGUCCUAUAAAUUAGCAACUCUGUGCUGGGAAUUCUUACACACAAAAAAAAAUAUUAUGUAAUCAAAUUACAACAGAUAGCCUUUUUUCAUGUUCAGUUUCAGUUUCUGAUCUAAAUGAAAUUAUAGGAGUACCAUUUUUUGCUGAA